AUGUUUGACUGGGAGUCGUCUCAGAAACGUCGUGUUUACGCUCUCCUCGACACGGAUACAAGUUGGGUAAUCGAACGAUUCGGAUCAAAUGUCAGUACCAAAAGCAGUGCAAGAAUCACCGACUCUUUUGAGCGAUUUUUGAUUGCGCUAUUUGGAUCUUCAUCAUUACUCAAUACGCAGCCUGGAGGUCGCAGGCUGGAUUUCAUUCCAAGCAGGACUGAAUUAGCAUUGUUGAGCAAUAGCAGUACUGCAGUAAUGCAGAAGAUCUCAGAAUCAGUCUUGACAAAUGCGAACGAGCACAUCAAGUUACGGUUGUCCGCAAUUGCCGAAACUAUCUGCGACUGGGUACGCGACGAGGUUCCUGAGAAUAAGCUGACAGAGGCCAAUCUGCAACACGUCAAAACGCAUUAUGUGAAGCAAGCUUCUAGUGAUCUUCUACACGGCUUCUGCAUAUCUGCGAUUGUUGGAGAUACGGUGACAGAACAAGCUAUUCGUGAAAAUACCGGAUUUUUUGACGGAGACUCAGCAACACAGGAGCUUCUCAGGAGUUACCUUGGAGAAUGCGUCGAUUGUGAAACGGACUUUGCGUCAAAGCAUCUGGACGAUCUACUACGUCUGGUCUCCUUCGCCAACGUUUUUAAUUGGCGCCACAAAGCUUCGCGCAAGGCAGACCUCAACGCAAAGAGAAUGCUACACUCAUACCUAGGCACCGUCGAGCCUUUACUGACAAUCACGCUUAGUGAGCGAAGCUUGUCUAACUGCCUGCCUUCGCCUUCAAGGAACCUGAUUCGCGAAGUUGGCAAUGCUCGAAUCGUAUCUGUCGGAAAUGCUCCACAAUCAACUUCUACCAUCAUUCUGCCACAACAUCAUCCUGGCUACGAUGCACGGACAGAUCAAUCGCCCAAAUACCGUCGCCUCUAUUUCUUAUGCUGGAUUCACGUUUGGGUUUACAUGGAUGCAAUACUGACGGUUCUUACGUCAAUGCGACCGCCGAAUUUGACCUUGCACCGAUACGAACUGUGCCAGAAAAUUAUGGCAUGCGCAGAAGCUAGACUUGAUGCUGUCCAGUUUAAGAACGCUUUGCGAAAGGCCAAAGAAGAAUUUACGGAGCAUUCGGAGUUGCGCAACAGACUCAGGAUGCAAUCAACCGACGCGAAGAAGAAGAGCAGCGAAAAGAAGCGCGGAUUUUCAGAAUCCACAGGGCAUCCGGAUCUUGAAUCGUGGCUCGCGCACAUUGCUGAGAAAAGUUCAUAUCUAAAACGAUUAAGACAUCUUAGCUCCACACUUGCAAACCCCAGGAGUCGAGACCGCAUAAAAUGGGCUGAGAACAAAUGGAAAGAUCGCGAAAGCGACCUCAAACGAGAGUUCCCAACAUCCUCGAGACGCGACUGGAUAUCUUUCGCUGUAGAUCUGCCGACGGGCUACUAUACUGCGGUCUGCAUUGAUGCGUCAAAAGACAUUACCGGUCUUCCGGAGGCAAUUCAGGAUCUCUUUCGCACGAAAGCGAAAGAGAGAAAUAUCGGCCUGGACAACCUGACCACCAAGGCUAAGCGCGAUAUUCUUGAAUCUAUUGCACAGGAGAUGGUGCAAGACCAAGCUGAUCAUAAGAAAGCCAAAAACCGCAAAAGAGACGAGUACAAGAUCGGUACGUUACGCGGGGUCGACUUUGGUACCUCGACUGGAAAAUCACGUUUCACCUGUGAAGGAGUAGAUGGGUCAAAGCGAAAGAUCGUCUUUCCCAACAGCUGCAGCUUGCUUCGACAUCAAUCGCAGUUCAGCAGACGCAUGUUUGAAUUUGAUGAAGCUGGACUCAACGUCAAGGAUGAACACGGAAAGGUGUUAUAUCCUCCAGACUCACCAAAAUCCGGCGUGAGCAUCCCCAUCAACCAGCUCGAAGACUUCGCGGAGAACCUGAGGUGGUUUUGGGAGCAAGGAUUGGCUGCGACUAAAAACGACGGUUUCGGUGAUGGAAGAUUUGUGGGAGAUGAACAGGACCCCUGA